GUUUUAUAGUGUAUGAAUAAAUGUCAAUGAGUUAAAUCAGUUUUAAUCACAUUCAAAUAUGUGACUAAUCAACCGUGAAAUGUUAAUGUAAUAAAUUAAUUUGAUCAUUUAUCCGCUGUCUGUGUCUUGCAGUGCUGUGUUUGUCCAGUAGCUGGCGCCAUGCGGCGGUUGAAGAUUCAAACACACACCGAAGAAGAAGCUGCUUCUGUCACAACAUCCGUCAAACGACACCGUGCUGAUUUAGUUAUUUUAAGGAUGUUUCGGACUCCACACACGAAGACGUGCUUAAAUCAGCUCAGACUGGUGCUGAUGCUCAGAGACACUCGUGAACAGACGCUGUGCAGCCGCUCUUCUGCAUUGAGACGAGACGGCAUGCAGCUCUGCACCCCUCUAGCACCUCCUCACAGCCACGUUUCUAGAGGAUUCUCUGAUGUGUUGGACUCUCCCAAACAUGUAUGUCCACCGGCCACGAUACGGAUAUGCACUGGCACUCGUUUCUUAUUAACACACAUGAAUUACGGCUGUAUGAACUGGCUACACAUACCAGAUGCUUUCUUGCUGUUUUUACACACGUCUCCCUCACAAAGCCCCUCUAAUCGAAGAAAAUGCCAGAAUUCUCCUGAAAGCAGUAUUAAAAGAUGCUGCUACGCCUUAAAACGCUGCACAAAUAGCACGAGCAUCUUCCGCCGGUUGUCUAACACCGGCCUGGGUGUUUUUAAAGCUGCAGCUCAGACUCGCGGGCUGCACAGAAACGCCCCUCAGCGGACUGUGACGGACGAGUGUUUGUCUGCAGGGAACGAGGCUCGCUGCAAACGCUCGCUGCAGGCUAACGCUGCUCUGUACGCGCGGGAAGGGAAGAGCUGGGCUGCGGUGCUGGUGUGUCUGUGUGCCGUGAGCGGGGAUCCCGCGCUGCUCUUCACCCUCAGAUCCGCCAAACUCAAGGGCAGGCACAAAGGAGAUGUCAGUUUCGCAGGAGGAAAGAAGGACCCGUCUGACAGGACUGUAGUGGACACGGCUCUCAGAGAAGCGCGCGAGGAGCUGGGGAUCCACGUCACUGAGGAUAAAGUGUGGGGUGUGCUCAAACCGCUGCGGGAUAUGUCUGGACUGAUGAUUGCGCCUGUAAUAGCCAAUCUUGGACCAUUGGAGGCGCUCUCUUUUCGACCUAAUCCAAGUGAGGUGGAAGAGAUUUUUACCCUGACGCUUGAGCAUUUAUGUCAACCCCAAAACAGAGGGUACACACACUUCCGCACUGGAGAUCGUUAUGGGUACACACUCCCAGUGUUUCUCAGCCCUAAGCAUCGUGUCUGGGGCCUCACAGCAGUGGCCCUGGAUCACACGCUCAAAAUCAUUGUGCCACCAGAGCAGCUGUUGGACCACAGUGUGGUUCAGUAGCACCUUCAGCAGACAGACCGCUUGCUUAAAUGAAAACUCUGUCAUUAAUCACUCAUCCUCCUGUCGUUCCAAACCCAUAAGACUUUCGUUCAUCUUCAGAACACAAAUUAAGAUAUUUUUGAUGAAAUCUGAGAGCUCUCUGACCCUCCAUAGACAGCAAGGUUACUAUCACGAUCAAGGUCCAGAAUCCAACGCUAUCUCACGACCAGUUUGUACGUAUUUUACGAGGUGGCUAAUUCAUACGAAUUCAUACGACCUCACUCGUGCGAUUUUGUACGAUUUGUCUAGACCCCAAUGACGGGUAGGUUUAGGGGCGGGGUCAGGUGUAGGCUAUUCAUACAAAUUCAUACGAAUUGUGCAACUCGUAAAAUACGUACGAUUUACCAAAAAAACGUAUGAAUUUGUAUGAGUGAGGUCAUACGAAUUAGCCCCCUCGUAAAAUAAGUACGAAUUGCCGAGAGAUCGGGUAUCACAUCAGUAAAGUAGUCCAUGUGAUAUCAGGUGUUCAAGAUAUCAUUGUGCACAAAGAAAAAAAUUUUUUACGACUUUAUUCAACAAUUUUUGUCCCCGA